UCAUGCUGCUGCCAGGUCCAGAGUCUCUCAUGGGUCCCUGUACGGCCUCCCAUUGCUGCUGUCUCCAUCGCCACACUCUGCCAUGUGCCACUUUCAGGUCUCCUCACACUGCUGGUGUGUUCCAUUUUUUGACAUAGGGUGCUGGCAGAUUACGGGCCUCCCAUAGCUGCUGCCAGGCCCCUAAUCUGCCAUGGGCCCCUGUACCGCCUCCUCAUGCUGCUGCCAGGUCCAGAGUGUCUCAUGGGUCCCUGUACGGCCUCCCAUUGCUGCUGUCUCCAUCGCCACACUCUGCAAUGUGCCACUUUCAGGUCUCCUCACACUGCUGGUGUGUUCCAUUUUU